AUGACCAACAACAUCAUGGGCUUCCUUUCUCGCACAUCGUCUGUGUUAGUGGUUAUUAUUAGUUGUUGUCUUGUAGGAGUUGCACUAGCAGGCAACUUCUACGAGGAAUUCAGCCUUACCUGGGGUGGGCCGCGAGCUCAGAUUUCGAAUGGAGGGCGGCAGCUCAGCUUGUCUCUGGACAACACCUCUGGCUCUGGGUUUGAGUCUAAGAAGGAGUAUUUGUUCGGCAAGAUUGAUAUGCAGCUCAAACUAGUCUCCGGCAACUCAGCCGGCACCGUCACGGCUUACUAUUUGUCGUCUAAGGGAAACAAACACGACGAGAUUGACUUUGAGUUUCUAGGAAAUUUAAGUGGAGACCCAUAUAUCCUUCACACCAAUGUAUUUAGUCAGGGAAAAGGAGGUAGAGAACAACAAUUCUAUUUAUGGUUCGACCCGACACAGGACUUCCACACCUACUCUAUCAUUUGGGUUCCCCACCAUAUCGUGUUCUUGGUAGACAACACGCCGAUCCGGGUCUUCCAAAACUCGGAAUCAAUUGGAGUCCCUUUCCCCAAGAACCAGCCCAUGAGGAUCCACUCGAGCCUCUGGAACGCUGAUAAUUGGGCAACUCGGGGUGGGCUUGUGAAGACCGACUGGUCCAAGGCACCAUUUACUGCGUAUUAUCGUGGUUUCAACUCCAUAGGCUUCCCCAAUUCAUCACCGUCGCCUUCAUCCAAAUCUUUUUCAGACGGGAAUUGGGAGGCCAAGGAGUUGGAUACAAAGGCACGAAGACGGGUGAGAUGGGUUCAGAAGAACUUCAUGAUUUACAACUACUGCGCUGACCUUAAACGCUUUCCACAGAGCCUACCUCCUGAGUGUUGA